GACAUUUUCCUUUUGCUUAGCUUCAGACAGUCGAGUCCAGGCGUGUGCGGCUGUGUGGAGGAUGCCCAAGGAAUUAGAAUCCGGGAGCCACGAGUCCCCUGACGACCCUGCGAGCACUGCACAGACCCUGGAGCUGCUCUGUCACCUUGACAACGGGGCCCAUGGCAACGUGGCCUGCGUCGUAUGGGAGCCGAUGGGGGAUGGGAAGAAGGUCAUUUCUCUGGCGGACAGCCACAUCCUGUUGUGGGACCUCCAGGCCAGCUCAAGUCAGGCAGUGCUGGCCAGCUCAGCAGCUCUGGAAGGAAGGGGACAGCUGAGGUUCACCGCGGGGCGGUGGAGCCCACACCACAACUGUACCCAGGUGGCCACAGCAAGUGACACCACCCUGCGAGGAUGGGACACCCGGAGCAUGAGCCAGAUAUACUGCAUCGAGAACGCUCACGGGCAGCUGGUGCGUGACCUCGACUUCAACCCCAACAAGCAGUAUUACCUCGCCAGCUGCGGAGAUGACUGCAAGGUGAAGUUCUGGGACACACGGAAUGUCACCGAGCCUGUGAAGACCCUGGAGGAGCACUCCCACUGGGUGUGGAGCGUCCGCUACAACCACUCUCACGACCAGCUGGUCCUCACUGGCAGCAGCGACAGCAGAGUCAUCCUGUCCAACAUGGUGUCUAUCUCCUCGGAGCCCUUCGGCCACCUGGUGGACGAUGAUGACGUCAGUGACCCAGAGGAGCACCAUGCUGAGAAGAGUAAGGAACCCCUGCAGGACAACGUUAUCGCCACCUAUGAGGAACAUGAGGACAGCGUGUAUGCUGUGGAUUGGGCCUCAGCUGACCCGUGGCUGUUUGCUUCCCUGAGUUACGACGGGAGGCUGGUUAUCAACAGAGUCCCCAGGGCACUGAAGUACCACAUACUGCUCUAGUGGCCCGUGGCACUGCUGGUUGGUACGUGGCAGGUUCUCACAAAUCUGCAGUGUGAGGUAAUUCCCUUUGCAGACCGAUGCCUCCAUGGGUGAGCCAACGUCGCUUCUCCAGAAGCUCUAAGGGACUCAUGGGGCGUCUGCCAGAAGCUCCUCUGAAGCCGUCGGCACAGUGCACAGCAUGGGAGGGAGCCGUGCUGGGGGUUCCUGUGCCGCCCGCCAUGUGAAUUGACGGCGGCCCAGCCUCUGCUCGGUGUCUGUUUUCUGUUCUGAGGGUGCUGGGAGUUUAACUUUUCACGAGUGUGUUUCCACCUUGCUAUUCUCAUGAGAUUACAGACUGAAAUAAAGUGCAUGGGGAUGCACACAGCCUCCUUUCAGGCUCUCUGCCUCACUGAGGAAAUCA